AUGGAAAAGCCCCUUGCAGAAUUGGAACGAGUCCAAACCCACAUUCUCCAACGCAUAUCAAAACUCGAACACCCCCCUCUCAUCAACGACCCUGAAACCCUCUCUUCCACCGACACAGUCUCUUGUCUCUCCUCCAUUUUACGCAGCAACGCCGUCAAUGACUUCUCCUUCAAGAGAGUCGCUUCCGAUUACUACGAUUGGCCCCUCGAUGCCCGCCGCGACGCUCUUAACGCUGCAUCGGUUCACCAUCUUUGUAAAAGUAUCGUUUUGGUUAACACGCAAGCUCCUUCCAAUGUCAUUGAUUGUUCUGAUCGAAAUAACUCUAAGUACUAUGUUGUUGUUGUUCAGUAUAGUGCUCGGUUCAAUGCUGAAGCUGUGAGGAACUUUUUAUACUCUCUCAACAAUGGAACUAUAGCCAAAAAGAAAUUCAACUUGAGGCUAGCCCCUGAGGAGAUAUCAACGCAGUUAACUGGAUAUGGGCACAAUGCAGUGACUUGUAUUGGCAUGAAAACAGACAUUCCGGUGAUUUUGGAUGAAGCAAUUGUUAAACUAACUCCGGAUUUCUUUUGGUUGGGUGGUGGUGAGGUUGAUCUGAAGCUAGGGAUCCGGACAUCCGAGUUAAUCAGAUUUGUCAACCCAUUCAUCGUCAGCUGUAGUAGUAGUAGUGGUAAUUGA